AUGAACAGCACUUGUAUUAAAGAACAACAUGAACUGGAUCAUUAUUUGUUUCCAAUUGUUUACAUCUUUGUAGUAAUAGUCAGCAUCCCAGCCAACAUUGGGUCUCUCUGUGUGUCUUUCCUGCAAGCAAAGAAGGAAAACGAACUAGGAAUUUACCUCUUCAGUUUGUCACUAUCAGAUUUGCUGUAUACAUUAACUCUCCCCCUAUGGAUUGAUUACACUUGGAAUAAAGACAACUGGAAUUUCUCUUAUGCCUUGUGUAAAGGGAGCACUUUCUUCAUGUUCAUGAACUUCUACAGCAGCACAGCGUUUCUCACCUGCAUUGCUGUGGACCGGUAUCUAGCUGUGGUCUAUCCUUUGAAGUUUUCCUACCUAAGGACAAGAAAGUUUGCCUUCGCUGUCUGCCUCAUCCUGUGGAUGGCAGAAAUCAUCAUCAAUAGUUACACUCUAUGGGAAGAAGACAUAGCUACAGAAUACUGCGAUGCAAAGAGUUUUACUUUAUGUUAUGACAAAUACCCUUUAGACAAGUGGCAGGUCAAUCAUAACUUGCUCAGGACGUGUACAGGUUACACCAUCCCUUUGGUCAUCCUUGUGAUUUGUAACCUCAAGGUCUAUCAAGCUGUGAAGCAUAAUCAAGCCACAGAAAACCAGGAGAAGAAGAAAAUCCUAAAACUACUGUUCGGUAUCACAUUGACUUUUGUCUUGUGCUUCACUCCCUUUCACAUGAUGCUGCUGACUCGCAGCAUUUUGGAAAAUAAUGCAAAUGUUAACCAGAGUAUUUCGAACCAGGCCCAGUCUGGGAUACAGACUUAUAAAAUAUAUAGGAUCACGGUGGCAUUAACAAGUUUAAAUUGUGUGGCUGAUCCAAUUCUGUACUGUUUUGUUACUGAAACAGGAAGAUCUGACAUGUGGAAUAUAUUAAAAUUCUGUACUGGGAAGUUUAGCAAGUCUCAAAAGCAAAGUAAAAGCAUGUGUUCUACAUCUAUAAAAGAUACUAUGGAAUUAGACACCCUGGAAUAAAAUCUAGGAAUUGUUCAUGGCUGCAUAACAUAUUGUCAUGACUGGGCUGUUACACAGAAUUUAUAGUGUGGAAGGGAACUGGGGUUUCCAAGGAGACAGAAUAUUUUGAUCUCCAAUGGAACGAUCCUAAAAUACCCUGUACAUCGCUCUGACUUUU